AUGAGACCACUGAACAUUCCCAAAGACUUGUUAAGAACCCUGCUGGAUAUCUGCACGAAGAAAGCCCAUUUCACCACCCACCAAGGACAGAUGUACCACCAGAAGGACAGCAUAGUGAUGGGGUCCCCCUUGGGAGACCUCUUUGCUAACUUUACGUGGGCGAAGUCUCAUCCUACUCAUCUCCAUCCUCCUCAUUCUCUUCCUACUCAUCCUUCUCUUCAUACUCAUCCUCCUCCUCAUCCUACUACUCUUCAUCCUUCUACUCAUCCUCCUCCUCUACUACUUAUCUUCAUCCUCCUCCUCCUCCUAUUUCUCCCCAUCCUCAUCCUCCUACUUAUUCUUCUCAUCCUCAUUCUCCUCCUCCUCAUCCUCCUACUCAUCUUCGUCCUCCUUCUCAUCCUUCUCCGCCUCCCUCCAUCCUCCUUACCUCCAUCUUCCGGUCCUCCACUCUAUUCCUUCCAUUCUCCUUCCGUCAUCCUCCCUAGCUCAUCCUUAAUCCUCCUCCUUACGCAAUUCCUCCUCACCUCCUUACUCACCUCUACCUCAUACUCAUCUUCCUCCUCAUCCUCAUUCUCCUCCUACUCAUCCCCCUCCCCAUCUUCCUACUCAUCUUCACCCUCCUCAUCCUCAUUCUCUUCUUCACCUCCUCAUCUUCAUUCUCCUCCUACUCAUCCUCAUCAUCUUCAUCCUACUCACUCUCCUCCUCCUCCUCCUCCUCAUACUCCUUCCUACUCAUCCUCCUCCUCCUCCCCCUCGGUGUUCUACACAUAUUAG